GUCAACACAGACCGAGUGAAGGUGCAGUCCCGUGGUGUGAACCACGUGGAGGGCGGUUGGCCCAAAGACAUCAACCCGCGCGAGGCGGACCAGACGGCGCGCUUCAGGAAGAAGCUGGAGAAGGAUGAGCACUACAUCAGCGUCGUCACACAGCUCGGCACCCUGAUGGAGCACUGCGUCAAGCAGAACAACGCCAUCGACAUCUAUGAGGAGUAUUUUGAUGAGGAGGAGAUGAUAGAGGUGGAAAUCGAACCCCCCUCUGCAAAAACCAUCAAUGCCAUCAGGGACCCCAACACAGCCAAGAGGACAGCCACGCACCUUUCCUGGUGCCCCGAUGCAAGCAAGAAACUGGCAGUGGCUUAUUCCAUCCUGGAGUUCCAGCAAAACAAGACAGACAUGAGCCUUGACUCGUACAUCUGGGAUCUUGAGAACUCCAACAAGCCCGAGCUGGUUCUCAAGCCGCCAUCACCUCUUGUGACCCUGGAAUACAACCCCAAAGACUCGUAUGUGCUGGUGGGAGGAUGCUACAAUGGGCAGCUGGCUUACUGGGACACCAGGAAAGGGCAGCUGCCCGUGGAGGUGUCCACCGUGGAGGUCAGCCACAGGGACCCCGUGUAUGGAACCAUCUGGUUGCAGUCCAAAACGGGCACCGACUGCUUCUCAGCCUCCACCGAUGGGCAGGUGCUGUGGUGGGACAUCCGCAAACUGUCCGUGCCCACGGAGAGGCUGGUCUUGGACAUCUCCCGGAAGGGGAUCCUGCAGCAAGCUCUGGGUGCCGUCACGCUGGAGUUCGAGAGCACCCUGCCCACCAAGUUCAUGGUGGGCACGGAGCAGGGCAUCGUCAUCCUCUGCAACCGCAAGGCCAAGACACCCGCUGAAAAGAUCACCUGCACCUACAGUGGCCACCAUGGGCCUGUCUAUGCACUGACCAGGAACCCCCUGUACCCCAAAAUCUUCCUGACGGUCGGCGACUGGACAGCUCGAAUCUGGUCGGAGGAUGCCAAGGAGUCAUCAAUUAUGUGGACCAAGUACCACUCCGCCUACCUGACGGACGGGUGCUGGAGCCCUGUGAGGCCGGCUGUGUUCUUCACCACCAGGUCAGACGGGACCCUGGACAUCUGGGACUUCCUCUUCAAGCAGAGCGACCCCUUCCUCAGCCUGAAGGUCUGCGACGAGGCCCUGUCCAGCCUGCGCGUGCAGGACAACGGCUGCAUAGUUGGCUGCGGGUCCAAGCUGGGCACCGUCAGCGUGAUGGAGAUCUCCUCGGUGUUGUGCACCCUCCAGAGGAACGAGAAGAACCUGGUCAACGCCCGCCCCCGGUCCGAGAGCCAGGUCAUAGAGACAGAGGAGGCGCCAACAGAGAAUCCCCAGGAGGUGUUUGACCGGACCCGCAAGGAGUUCCUAGAGGUGAUCCAAGCGGAGCUGCAGAGGAAGGCGCGGGCAGAGGUCCAGCAGCUGCACGGCAAGGUUAAGGACCACACUGAGGAGGCAGCUUUGCCUGAGGAAGACAUCCAGGUGCCUGAGGAAGAGAGCCAGCAGCCCAAGGAAGAGAGCCAGCAGCCCGAGGAGGGGAAGAAGGAGGAUGCUGCCAAG